AUGGAGCGGUACCACGUCCUGGAGGUGAUCGGAGAGGGCUCCUUCGGGCGAGUGUACAAGGGGCGCCGCAGGUACAGUGCCCAGGUGGUGGCUCUGAAGUUCAUCCCCAAGGUGGGGCGGUCUGAGAAGGAGCUGAAGAACCUGCAGCGAGAAAUUGAGAUCAUGAGAGGCCUCCACCACCCCAACAUCAUCCAGAUGCUUGACAGCUUUGAGACUGACAAGGAGGUAGUGGUGGUGACCGACUAUGCAGAGGGGGAACUCUUCCAGAUCCUGGAAGAUGAUGGGAGUCUGCCUGAGGAGCAGGUCCAGGCCAUCGCUGCCCAGCUGGUGUCUGCUCUCUACUACCUGCAUUCCCACCGUAUCCUGCACCGGGACAUGAAGCCUCAGAACAUCCUCCUGGGAAAAGGUGGCAUCAUCAAGCUCUGCGAUUUCGGGUUUGCCCGGGCCAUGAGCAUCCACACCAUGGUGCUGACCUCCAUCAAGGGCACCCCCCUGUACAUGUCCCCGGAGCUGGUGGAGGAGCGGCCGUACGACCACACGGCUGACCUGUGGUCUGUGGGCUGCAUCCUGUACGAGCUGUUUGUGGGCACCCCUCCCUUCUACACCAGCAGCAUCUUCCAGCUUGUCAACCUCAUCRUCAAGGACCCGGUCAAAUGGCCCAAGGACAUAAGCCCAGUCUUCAAGAGCUUCCUGCAGGGACUGCUGAUGAAGGAUCCCCGCCAGCGCCUGUCGUGGCCAGAGCUGCUUUCCCACCCCUUCAUUGCUGGGCGGGUCACUGUGAUUGAUGACACGGAAGAGCAUGGCAUCUCAAACCCCUUCACUACCAAGCUGACCCCAGAGCUGCAGGCCCUGAAAGAGCAACAAGCCCAUUCCCUGGCCCCCAGAAGUGGMCAGUCCAAGAUCCUGAGAAAGGCCCAGCAGAAGAUGGCUGAGGACACCCGAAAGAAGAGGCAGCUCAAGAUGGACACAGCAUCUGUGAAGGAGCCUGACAAAGGACACCAAGGGCGUAAAUGCAAAGCAGCUCCUGGGAAGGCAGCUCUUGGGGAAAGAGAGCCAGGAGCUGCUGCCAAAGAGAAAACCACAGGCAUGCUGCAAGGAGGGAUCAGCACGGCAGAGUGGGAGCUGGAGGAAGCUCCUCCAAGCACAAGGGAGCACAGCAUCACUCGAGACUAUGAGCAAGAGUUCACUGAAACAGAGAUCCUAGGGGAGCCUGGCCCUGUCAGGGCAGAGCCUGGGGGCAGGCGCAGCAUAGAGACUGUGGACUUGGAGAGUGAGGAGCUGGAGAGCGAUGAGGAGUGGCAGCACCUGAUGGAGGCCACAGAGCCCUCAGCCCCACAGCCCAGCAGGCCGCAGAGCCUGCUGAGGGACCCGGCCUUCCGGCAGCGUGUCCGGCUCCGCCUCGCAGACGCCAGCCGGCAGGUAUUGGAAGGGAUGCUGGAGGGAGCCUCCCAUCUCCGUCCUGCACUCCGGGUUGUGGGCAACCUCCUGGCUACCCAGUGUGACUUGGAGCUUCUGCGUCACUUUUGCCAAGAGCUGGAUGUGCCUCUGUUCCUGCUGUGCUUAGCCAAGAAAAUCCUGGAGAACAGUAUCACCAAGCAGCAGCCCUGGUGUGUCGUGGUGCUGACAGACCUCAUCAUGGUGACCACAGUUUAUUUCAGCAGCGAGUGCAGCCUGGAGGGGAGCCAGCAGAAGGACAGCCCACAGGCCUUCCAGGAGUGCACCGGCCACCUCCUAGCCCUGCUGCCGGAGCUGCUGGCCCAGGCGGCUGACACCGAGAUGAGACUCUGCCAGCAAAGCCUCCUGUGCUUCACCUUGCUCUGCGAGAGCCUGGACACAAAGUGCCCUUCCAUCUCUGCCCCCUUUUAUGCCAACCUGAGAGAGGAGCAUCAGCCCCUGCUGAACAGACUCCUCCAGGGAUCUGCCUCGGAGCAGCCUGCUCUGCAAGGUGCCACGAUGGAGCCCAGAUCAGCCCUUGACCAGAGGCAGCACGUGGUGGAUCUYUUCACAGCUGCACUGGCUGCCGCCUGCAGCAUCCCCCUGGCAAGGAACGGCCUUCGGGAAGCCAAGCAGCAGGUUUCUYGGGAAGUGGCUGAGAAGCUCAUGGAGGGGGAGAGGCAGCAGCUUGGGAGGCUGCUGGGGAGACUGGAGCAUCCAAACUGCUCCCUGAACGUGCUCAAGAUCCUCUAUGCUGGCUGCCAUGCCAGCCCGAGCCUGUGCCAGCACCUGGGAAGGAGCCAGCAAGUGUGUGAUUCCCUCAUGCACCUCUCGAAGGGCAAGGUCCCCAUGGCAGAUGUGGCCCGAGGGGCAGCCUGCGAGGCCUCCCUGCACCUGCUGGCCCUACUCACCCUGCAGCUCCAGGGCUCCCUUCCCAGGCUUGAGGAGGUGGUUACCAUGGCCAUGGACAUUGUCACCCAGUCUCCUGUUGUUUCCUUUGUGGGUGCUGCAGCAUUCCUCCUGGCCCAGCUGAGCCAGCAAGGGGCGAGCGUGGCCUUUAGGGGAGAGGAGAUCCUGCCAGCAGUGAGGAACRCACUGACAGCCCCUGCCGAGCUGCAGCUGCCCCCGCCACUGGGUGCUGGGAUCUAUGACGGGCUCUUUUUCCUCCUGCUGAAGCUCCUUGCCCAGGAGGACGUGGCCACGGAGCGGAGCUUGGCUGCCUCGGAGCUGUGGCGAGUUGUCCGGCACCGUGUCGCUGCGGUGCUUCGCGUGGCCAGUGCGAAUGCGACGCUGGACGGAGGCAGCCUGGGGACAGGCCACCCCACAUCAGAGCCAGACUGGAACCUCCUCUCCCCUCAGGGCGUCCUGCUCUUCCUAAGCCUGGUCCUCUCCAUCUUCACCUGUGAGCCACAGCAGUGCCUGCCUCAGCUCGCCCGGCCCCGCGGGGUCCUCAUGGAGACACURAGGACGCUGCUGUCCCCCGACUUCCUGGCCUGCCUGGCACAGACGCAAGAAGGGGAGGAUGGGGAUCCUGAGCUUGUCCCAGCUGUGGUGCUCCAGACCUGCCAGCUCCUCUGUUUCCCUUUUGCUCUGGAUGUGGAUGAAGACWUCUUGGCAUCACUCAUGGAGGGUGUGAGAGACUCCCAGAUCCCCGCCAAUCUGCUGCAGGCCUGUUGUCACCAUCUGCCCUUUUCGGACACGGAGCUCCCCAUGAGGCUUCUGUGCCACUUUGUUGUGUCUGAUGAGCAGGUCAUAGACCAAACUGUGAGAGAGGCAGCUGCCUCYGAGCACAUCGUUGCCUUCUUGACAAGUGCCUUGUUUUCAGACAACUCCACAAUCACGGGUGACCUCCUGUCCCUCUUAACCCACGUGGCCCGAGUCUGUCCGGAGCACCUGCCUUUUCUCCAGAAGAUCCUGGGGGCCUCAGAUGUGGCCGAGCAGCCACUGACCCGCCUGCUUGGCCACUGGGAACACCCCAUACGUGCCAAAACCUGCAAUCUUGUGGGCAACCUCCUGCGCCACAGCCCCGGCUUUCUGCAGAGCCAGCUGGGCGUGCUGGAGCGGCUGCUGGAGCGCCUGGCAGACCAGGACGAGCGCGUGCGCAAGGCGGCCGCCUUUGCGGUGGGCAACGCCGCUUACCACGAGUGCUCCCCGGCGGGCACGCUGGGCAGGGCCGUGCCCGGCCUGACGCGGCUGCUGAGCGACGUGCAGGCCGCGACGCGCCGCAACGCCGCCUCGGCCCUGGGCAACGUGGGCCGGCGCUCGGCGGCGCUGGGCGACCUGCUCAUCCAGAGCAAGGCCCCCAGCGCGCUGCUGGAGGUGGCCUGCUGGGACCCGCAGGCGCGCGUGCGGGAAGGAGCCCUUGCUGCGCUGCGAGCCAUCAGCCAGCACCCGGCCGUACAGCAGGUGCUGCUGUCUCUCAGGGCCAGUGAGAAGCUGGCUGCUCUGGCCAGCAGGGACUCGCAGUCCAGCGCUGGCAGCAGCUCCCGGCCCUCUUCCACCCGGCACUGCAGGAAGCUCAUCCACCUCCUCGCGCCCGUGCAGGGCACCUGAGG